GCCCUUCCGGGCGAGAAGUCGGGAGGAAAAAAACCUUCAUUGUUUUCUGUGAUCAGAGGGGGAAAUGACGUCAUUGAGUAUAAGAACGUCGGCGAUGAGAGCGAUGCCCUAGGUCGGGAGCCACAGAUUAUUCUGAAGUCCAGAUCUCUUCAGAGACUGCUUGGCUGGUUGGAAAUUAUGCUAGCAAACCACUGCCAACUGGAAACCAUGAAGCAACAUUUUACAUAGUUGAGAUUGAAAUCAUGGCAUCUUCAACAAAUCUAGAUGUUGGGGCACAGAUAAUCGUGGAAGAGUGCACCAGCAGUUACAGUCUGUCUCACAUGCCAGACAUUAAAGUAGAGCACCAGCUUGAUUCCACCACAGAAGAAGGCCCUGCUCAAAGUGUUGCCAUGGGAAUGAAAUUUAUUUUGCCUAAUAGAUUUGAUAUGAAUGUCUGUUCUCGAUUUGUGAAGUCGUUGAAUGAAGAAGAUAGUAAAAAUAUUCAAGACCAGGUUAACUCUGACCUUGAGGUGGCGUCUGUCUUAUUUAAAGCUGAAUGCAACAUCCAUACUUCCCCUUCUCCUGGAAUUCAAGUAAGACAUGUCUACACUCCAUCAACAACUAAACAUUUCUCACCAAUAAAACAGUCAACUACUUUAACUAACAAACAUAGGGGAAAUGAGAUCUCUACAACACCUCUCCUUGUAAAUUCUCUGUCAGUUCACCAGCUGGCUGCUCAAGGAGAAAUGCUUUAUUUGGCUACACGUAUUGAACAAGAAAAUGUAAUCAACCAUAAAGAUGAAGAAGGUUUUACCCCUCUGAUGUGGGCCGCAGCUCAUGGGCAGAUAGCAGUGGUGGAAUUUUUGCUUCAGAAUGGUGCAGACCCUCAAAUUUUGGGGAAAGGGCGAGAAAGCGCUUUGUCAUUGGCCUGUAGUAAGGGAUACACAGAUAUUGUCAAAAUGCUGCUUGACUGCGGAGUUGAUGUGAAUGAGUAUGACUGGAAUGGAGGGACACCUCUGCUAUAUGCAGUACAUGGAAACCAUGUGAAAUGUGUAAAAAUUCUCUUAGAAAAUGGGGCUGAUCCAACUAUUGAGACAGAUUCUGGCUACAAUUCCAUGGAUUUGGCUGUGGCUUUAGGCCAUCGGAGUGUUCAACAGGUUAUUGAGUCUCAUUUAUUGCAGCUCCUUCAAAAUAUCAAGGAAUAAGGGCCUCCUGUUAAUAGAAAAUUGUUCUGUGCCUGAAGAUUUGGACUAUGUUUUAGCCCCACAAUCAAUGAUAAAGGCCUGUUAACUUUAACUUUACCUCAUUGAAAAUAUUUGCUGAUUUUCAUAUACUUUCUUUAUGUUGUUCACUAAUGUUCAUAGAAGUCUGUGAUAAUUGAUCCUUUUGUAAAUGUAUUUUAUGUAAAUUUUAAAAAAUUUAAUCAGUGUGUUGCAUGUAAACCUUUAAUAAAAUAUAGCUGUGUAAAUGUUAACAUUAAGUGCAGUAAUUGACUUUUUACAGAGUAUUCCACUAGGUUAUGUCAAUGAUACGGUGUCCAUAUUUGUUUUAGAUUUUUAAGCAUGUACCACAGAAAACAAAUUUCAUUGUGCACUUUUAUAUCUUGUAAACAGUAAUUUGUAGUUGUUUACAAAUUAUUAUGCAGAUGAAUUAAAAUACUUUGUCAAUUUCUGGAUUUGGUUAAAAUGUAGGUGUUGGGGGGGACGGGACAAAUUAAUUAGACAUUGGGAGCUCAAUUUCUGCUCAGUAGUCUGAUUUAAGUCUUUAAAACCUUUGGGGCUGAUUCUCUGCUGUUCUUCUUUUUUUGCCAGUCAGGUGGUACAGAGACCUCAUCCCCUUAGUUUGAAAUUCCCCUGACAUGGGGGAGAGCCUAGCAGUUUUAGACCUGGCACAUAUGGUUCCUCUUCAAAGUGCAUGGCACAGUGGAUGUCAGUGAUCUGGAGGAGGGGAGAGAAAGAGUGCCCAGACUGCACUUUACCUCAGCUCUUUCCGACUGACAUGGUCCUUGAGGAUCUCCUUGCCAGCUGGUGCAGGUUUGCAGAGCCCUGCAAAUUCAUGGAUAUCCACUUUAUAUCCACAGGUAUCUGCGUCCACAGAUGUGGAUGCGGAUGCCGAUAUCCGCAGAUGUGAAUGCAGAUAUCCGCAGCUUAUUUUUGCAGAUAUGAAUGCAGCUAUGAAUAGACAUUUUGUAUCCAUACAGGGUUCUACAGGUUAGAGCAGUCGUUAGCCUGAUUUAACAUGCACUGAAGAAAGACAGAGAAUCAGGGAGGGAUAAACUGCCUCCCUGGUAGGCUCCCCACUGUUUUACCAAGUCUAAUCUCAAAAAAAGGCAAAGAAUGUGAUUAUCUUUGCACAAACAACAAAUCAGCUUCUGAAACAGAAUCUUAGAAAGUUUCAGAUUCUUAGUACUGUUUUUUCACCACAAGUAGUUUACACUGUGCCAUUCGAGAAUCGUUCUAAAUUUUGGUUACUAAGAAAUCCAGUUAAAAAACUGUGUGCGAGUUCUCUUUUGGAGAGUCAGAACUUUAGAGUGAACCAUAAAGGGGGAGUUUUGAAGAUUGUCAUUGAUCUUGCAUGGCAAAAUCCUAGCUUGGGCUGAUUCAGCAUUAGUAUUAUUUGAAACACUUCAUCUUUAACUUCCCUUUUUCUUAUGUGGGUGAGGUUACACUAGGCUAUAGUUACUUUACAUACUUUAACUUAUGUAGCAUUUAUAUCUCCCUUGCAUCGUAUCAUGCCUCUAGUUAAGUUAUAUAUAUGCAAGUGAAACGAACAGUAAACCUGAAAUGGAGGGAGGUAAAUUGUUCUAUUAUUUUAGAAUUAUAUUAACAUGUUUUUUAAAAUCUCUAUUGUUUAUAAUAUGCGUAAACUCAAUUUUUUAAAACAAAGAAAAAGCCUGAAAGGGAUGCUAAUUAUUGUAAAGUUGCAAUAUUGAAAAUAUUUAGAUUUAAUAGCCUUGGGGAGAAAUUAACUGGUGUUUAAUGUUGUUUUUAAUUGUUUUCAGAUUGGUGAUACAAUGUAUAUAUGAUGCAAACCAUUUUUUAUUGAAAUGUAAUUGUUUAUGAUCUGACAUACUUUAUUUUAAAUAUUUUUCGUGUGUUUAUAUAUAUGUGUGUGUGUAUAUAUAUAGAGAGAGAGAGAGUUUAUAAAUAUGCAUCAAUAACAAAAUUAUCCUUUUUUCCUGCGGUUUUAUAUAAUAGGAAGGAGGUCAUUUAAAGUACAGGCAGUCCCCGGGUUACAUGGAUCCGACUUACAUCGGAUCCCUACUUACAAACGGGGUAAGGCAACCCUGCACUAGCUGCUUCCCCCCAG